CAGCUGGAAAGUUGAAGUCGUUGUUAAAUCCAUCUAUCCUCGUUCUGUGAGGAAAAGGACAAUCUCUAGUCAUAUUGUUUAACUUUCUAGUUCAGCAUUCACUGAUGAAUAAAUGAGAAUUGGAGCAGAGAAUGGCAAAUACUUAUGUCACUACAGCUGAUGGUUACUGUCUUGCUGAACCAGUACAGUACUAUGAUAUUCUGCCAGAGCAAAUCAACUAUCAGCUGCAUGGCACUGAUUUUCAAGAAUCAGCUUAUUGCCAGUAUUCUACUGUCCAGUUUCCAACAGCUCUACAGUCCCAAUCUUUACAAAGUCAUUUCAACACUUAUAGCUUGGACCCACAGUUCAGUGGUGAAGAAUGUGGAUUUGGUUCCUAUGAAUUAAAUAAACCCACUUAUGUGGUUGACCAUGAUGCUAAAGAUGGAUACUCUGGAAUAAAAAGGUCCAGAUUCACUCACUCUUCCAUUCGGAUUAAGCAACAGGAAGAACUCUGUGUAGUUUGUGGUGAUAAAGCAUCAGGAUAUCAUUAUAAUGCACUUACCUGUGAAGGUUGUAAAGGUUUUUUUCGACGUAGCAUCACCAAAAACGCAGUAUAUCGUUGCAAGAAUGGUGGCCACUGUGAAAUGGACAUGUACAUGCGUAGGAAAUGUCAAGAGUGCAGACUGAAAAAGUGUAAGGCAGUAGGAAUGUUGGCAGAAUGUUUGCUCACAGAAAUCCAAUGCAAGUCAAAGAGACUUCGAAAGAACUUUAAACAGAAGAAUAGUUUUUACUCUAACAUCAAAAUGGAAGAGGGAGGAGUAGACAACAAGCUUGUAUCAUCCACCACUAGAUCUGGAAAAGUGAUUCAGGAGAGCAUGGAACUAACUCAAGAGGAACAUCAGCUCAUUAAUAACAUUGUGGCUGCCCAUCAAAAAUAUACAAUUCCUUUAGAGGAAACAAAGAAAUUUCUGCAGAAGUAUGCAAAUCCUGAACUGAGCUUCUUGCGACUCUCAGAAACAGUGGUCCUACACCUACAGGGGUUAAUGGAUUUUACCAAGGGACUCCCAGGAUUUGAAAAUUUGACAACUGAGGACCAGACUGCAUUAUGCAAGGGAUCAAAAACUGAAGUGAUGUUCCUUCAUGGGGCCCAACUUUACAGUCAGAAAGAAUGUCUUUCAUCAGCUUCUGAAGGUACCAUGAGAGUAUCAGAUCAUUCAGAUCAUUCACUGAAUUGUCACAAUCAGAGUGAUAAUAGAAGUGUUAUUUAUUCUAUGGAAACAUUUUGCAAUGAAGACUGUCCUCCUACUACACUGACUGGUAUUGCUGAAGAAUUUAUUACCACAUUGUUUUACUUCUACAGAAGAAUGAGUGAACUUAAUAUUACUAAUACUGAAUAUGCUCUGCUUGCAGCAACAACUGUGUUUUUUUCAGAUCGUUCACACCUUAAAAAUAAGCAACAUGUGGAAAAUAUACAAGAACCGAUUUUACAAAUUUUGUACAAAUAUUCAAAAAUUUAUCAUCCAGAAGACCCACAGCAUUUUGCUCGUCUCAUAGGGAGGCUCACUGAACUGAGAACACUGAAUCACAACUACUCAGAAAUACUUAGCACUUGGAAAGCAAAGGACCCCAAAUUGACUGAACUCUUGGACGACAGAAAUGGAUUUUUCACUCUCCGCUCCAAUCUAUCACAGCACUUGCUAGUUUUCCUUGCAUUCUCUGACAAUAGCAGAAGCUUAAAGAACGUCUACGCUGAGGAGAAACAGAAUCCCGCGAAGAAUUGUUACCAACGUAAAGGAAAAUCUCGCGAGAAUCGGAAGCCGGGCAAACUCUCGCAGCUGACCGUUAUUUAG